AUUUUAUACAACACUGAAAGAAAAUACUUAAAGUUUAGCAAUCAGAAAAGUUUAAUUCGUUGAUAUUAAACAUUAUGUUAGUAGAGCUUUUCUUUUUGUGUUUUUCUACCUACGUACGGACGUACCCAUAGCAUUUGCGACGAGGUCAAUUUGGUGAAUUACAAAUUUACACACCACCCAGUGUUAAAUGGCGGCAGGAAGGAAGAUUCAACCAUUACAGCGAAUUUGAGUCCGACUCCAAAAAAGUAUAAAACCAAAAAUCACCAAUUAUUUUGUUUGAAUCUCUGUAUAGAAAACGGAGCUGAGAGAGGAGAUGAAUUGGGUUCAGCGGAAAGUGUAUCUGUACAAUGUCACUUUUGGUCUGUACAUGCUUGACUUGUGGGAACGUUGUCUCUUCAAUACAUUGGUCCUUGUAUUAUUGUGGUUUAUUACCUAUAACGGGUUUCGAUGUGCUUCCGAGUUCUUCAAACGGCAGAUGUGGUGAAAUUCAUGAGCUUCACAAGUUUGUUCUUAAUUGUUACUAGAGAAUGUUUGCUGUCUGUGGACAUGAAUGAUGAAUAUCCUCUUCAAAUAGUUUCUUCCUUUUGUAUGUGUACCAACAUGUAUAUGAAGAAGCAGUGGUGAUACAUACAGAUUGAGGAAUGCUUUGAAAUUAGUCAUUCAAUUUGGGGUAGGGGUUAGUGGAAAGCUUCUUUGGAACCGAUGUAGGGGUUAGCAGAUUUCUUGUACUUGUAUUUUUCAAAGUAAAAUGAGUUUAGACAGAUGGUAAUAUCCAGUCAUGUAUUGCUUCAAAUGCAAGUUUUAAUCUCCUUGUCCUGAUUUCUUUGGGGAUGCAAUGCUAAUAGGUUUCAAUACCUUUUGAGUUAA